GCGCCGCCCGCAGGCCCCGGUUGGCCGCCGGAGCCGCCAGUUCAGAGGUGGUGACACAGGAGGCGGCGGCCCGGCCUGGCGCUGGGAGGGGGCGGCAGGGGCCGGUUACCGGGGAGACCGGGCAGCGCCCCGCGCUCCAUGCGGCCCGGGCCGGCGCCAUGGCCCACUUCGACACGCAGUACCAGCGCCUGGAGGCCUCCUACAGCGACUCGCCCCCAGGGGAGGAGGAUCUGCUGGUGCACGUCCCCGAGGGCAGCAAAUCUCCCUGGCAUCACAUAGAGAACCUGGACCUCUUCUUCUCUCGCGUCUAUAACCUGCAUCAGAAGAACGGCUUCACCUGCAUGCUGAUUGGCGAGAUCUUUGAGCUCAUGCAGUUCAUUUUCGUGGUGGCCUUCACCACCUUCCUUGUCAGCUGCGUUGACUAUGACAUCCUGUUUGCCAACAAGAUGGUGAAUCACAGCCAGCACACCAGCGAGCUUGUCAAGGUGACACUGCCAGAUGCCUUUCUGCCUCCCAGCGUGUGCAGCGCAAGAAUCCAGCAGAACGGCUUUCUCAUUUCCAUCCUGGUGAUAGCGGGGGUUUUCUGGAUCCAUCGACUCAUCAAAUUUAUCUACAACAUCUGCUGCUACUGGGAGAUUCACUCCUUCUACAUCAACGCCCUCAAAAUCCCCAUGUCCAACCUGCCCUAUUACACCUGGCAGGAGGUGCAGGCUCGCAUUGUGCAGAUCCAGAAGGAGCAUCAGAUCUGCAUCCACAAGAAGGAGCUGACGGAGCUGGACAUCUACCACCGCAUCCUGCGCUUCAAGAACUACAUGGUGGCCAUGGUGAACAAGUCGCUGCUGCCCAUCCGCUUCCGCCUGCCCGGGCUGGGCGACACCAUCUUCUACACCCGCGGCCUCAAGUACAACUUCGAGCUCAUCUUCUUCUGGGGGCCCGGCUCGCUCUUUGAGAACGAGUGGAGCCUCAAGGCGGAGUACAAGCGGGGCGGCAACCGCCUGGAGCUGGCCGAGAAGCUGAGCGCCCGCAUCCUCUGGAUCGGCAUCGCCAACUUCCUCCUCUGCCCGCUCAUCCUCAUCUGGCAGAUCCUCUAUGCCUUCUUCAGCUACACCGAGAUCCUGAAGCGGGAGCCGGGCAGCCUGGGCGCCCGCUGCUGGUCGCUCUACGGCCGCUGCUACCUGCGCCACUUCAACGAGCUGGACCACGAGCUGCACUCCCGCCUCAGCAAGGGCUACAAGCCGGCCUCCAAGUACAUGAACUGCUUCAUCUCCCCCCUGCUCACCAUCGUGGCCAAGAACGUGGCCUUCUUCGCCGGCUCCAUCCUGGCCGUGCUCAUCGCCCUCACCAUCUACGACGAGGACGUGCUGGCUGUGGAGCACGUCCUCACCACCGUCACCCUGCUGGGCGUGGGCGUCACCGUCUGCCGGUCCUUCAUCCCAGACCAGCACCUGGUGUUCUGCCCAGAGCAGCUGCUGCGGGUGAUCCUGGCACACAUCCACUACAUGCCUGACCACUGGCAGGCCAACGCCCACCGCUACGAGACCCGGGACGAGUUUUCUCAGCUCUUCCAGUACAAAGCGGCGUUCAUCCUGGAGGAGCUGCUGAGCCCCAUCGUUACCCCCUUGAUCCUCAUCUUCUGCCUGCGGCCCAAGUCCCUGGAGAUCAUCGACUUCUUCCGGAACUUCACCGUGGAGGUGGUGGGCGUGGGCGACACCUGCUCCUUCGCACAGAUGGACGUGCGCCAGCACGGGCACCCGGCGUGGAUGUCGGCGGGGAAGACUGAGGCCUCCAUCUACCAGCAGGCCGAGGAUGGCAAGACUGAGCUGUCCCUCAUGCACUUCGCCAUCACCAACCCCAAGUGGCAGCCGCCCCGCGAGAGCACGGCCUUCAUCGGCUUCCUCAAGGAGCGCGUGCUGCGCGACAGCAGCGUGGCGCUGGCCCAGCAGGCCGUGCUGCCUGACAAUGCCCUCUUCACCUCCAUCCAGUCCCUGCAGUCGGAGUCCGAGCCUCACAGCCUGAUUGCCAAUGUGAUCGCGGGCUCCUCAGCCCUGGGGUACGUGAGCCACGAGCUGCAGGCCUCCCGCCAGCUCUCCGAGGUGGCCUCUGCCCUGCGCUCCUUCUCCCCGCUCCAGUCUGCCCAGCAAACUCACAGCAGCUUCCAGACGUCCGGGUCCCACGUGGAGGGGGCACCGCCCCGGACCCACAGCACCAUGACGGCUUCUGGCACGGAUGCCAGAACAGCGAGCUCAGGGAGCAGCGCCUGGGAGGGCCAGUUACAGAGCCUGAUCCUGUCGGAAUACGCCUCCACCGAGAUGAGCCUGCACGCACUCUACAUGCACGAGUUGCACAAGCAGCACACGCAGACAGAGCCCGAGCGGCAUGUGUGGCACCGGCGGGAGAGCGACGAGAGCGGGGAGAGUGCCCCGGAGGAGCCGGAUGCUCAGAAGGGAGCCCCCGCCGUCAUCCCCCGCUCUGCCAGCUACCCCUUCUCCUCGCCACGCCAGGCUGUGGAGGAGUCGGCCACCCUGCAGACGGGCUUCCAGCGCCGAUACGGCGGCAUCACAGAUCCGGGCACUGUGCACAGAGCCCCGUCGCACUUCUCCCGCCUGCCUCUAGGGGGCUGGGCUGAGGACGGACAGUCGGCACGACACCCGGAGCCGGUUCCAGAGGAGAGCUCGGAGGAUGAGCUUCCGCCUCAGAUACACAAGGUGUAGCUCUGGGGGUGAGGAUCUCGUGGGAUUCCGGACUCUGGAGCAGCCUGGGCAGCAGGACCCCGGGGUCCCGGCCCCCUCCCCUGUCCCGCAGAGGUGGGGCGGGCAGAGGUGCCUAGCGCUGGCGUUCAUGCCGAAGGGACAGAACCACCACGUCAGCGCCUUGCGGUGGAAGCUUCUGUACAGACGUGUGUCAAGCCAACAUCACUCUGACUCGUACUCAUGUUGGGUGAAUGCGUGUGUGAGUACAUACGUGUAUCCGUGUCCGCAUAUGUGUUGUCCGUGUCGGGAAUCGGCCAAGAGCUGCACGGAGCACCGCAGAGCCUGCGCGAGGCCAGCAGGGGAGAGCUCCGCGGGUUCCGGCUGCCGGCGGGAGAGGCUGCUGUGGAGUCCCUGAGCAGAGCCAGCGACGCCUCUUCCACAGUCCAGCUCAAGACCCUCCUUCGAGCUGCAGCCGGCCUGGCCCGGCCCGGCUUCCCGCCGGGGGAGGGACGCACCAGAAUCUAUUUUUGUAACAAGGGUGGAGAGUUGGGUUCCCCCGAGGAGGCGUGUGCUGGAGUCUGACCCCUGCUGGGGCCUUUACAAGGCCGCGCCCUCCCCCAAAGCCCAGGCAGCUCCGUGUGUUCUGGCUCCGAGCUGCCCUGUCCGUGGUGCGGGGGCUGCCACUGCUCCUGGCACAGGGCUCCCCCCAAGUGACCCCACACCCCACUUGCUGCUAUUGUCCGUGGGUCCCUCUAGCCUCCGAGCGCAGACAGCCUGGGCAGCAGCAGGGGAGCCUCCCGGCUGCCAAAGCCCUGCUCGUGGCUGGCCAGCGGCUGCUGCUCACAGUGGCCCUGGCCCCCUCGAACUAACCAAGCCCCCCUUGGACGGCAGAGCGGGGGGGACGGGGCCCCCUCGGUCAACACUAAUGGAGCAAGUGAAAGGAAAGAAUCAGGUGACUCGAGUAGCUUUGCUCCCCCUUCCCCUCCCCCGCCCAAGGGGGAGUCUGGCCUGGGCCCCUGUCCUGGGACUGGACCCCUUGCUGGGGAGCUGGGCCAGGCGGUGCCUCCCUCCUUGUAAAUCAUUAGCACAUGGGCGGCCAAUCACAGCACAGGGGCGGGGGCGGCUCCGGCCAAUCAGAGUACAGCUCUACUAGGUUAUUGAGUGACAGCGGCAGCUCCCAGAGGCCGGUGACAUUCUCCCCCCUUCUCCCUGCAUCGCCCCCAGCCCUGCUCCCACAGCGCCGAGCUAGGGGUCGGCCCCACGGUGCUCUGCUCUGCACUGUACGGCUGGGGGGCAGGACACCUGGGAUCUCCCCCCCUGGCCCCCCCGCUCCUGUGGGCCUCAGGCUGGGGGCCCUGCUCCCACAGCGCCCAGCCUGAGCUAGGGGUCGGCCCCACGGUGCUCUGCACUGUACGGCUGGGGGGCAGGACUCCUGGGGUCUCUCCCCAGCUCUGCCAGGGGCUUGCUGUGUGAUGGGGGUGGGUCUCUUGGCUGACUAAAGCUCCCCUGCAGCCUGGGCUGCUCUGGCAUCCUGCCUGGCGGGCAGAGCACUGACUAUUCCGGGGGGGGGUGGGCUGUCCCUUUAAUACCCCUGCCCGGUUCUCCUCCCCCUGCCUCGCCGUGGGGCAGGCCCUGAGCGUCACUAGCCCAGCCUAUUGGUGCUUUACAGGUUUGAUGAGGGACAAAGCGCUUCAGUGGCCUUUGAAACGGGGCAAGUCUCAGCAAAGCAGCGCCAGGCCGGCCCCUCUGCCCUGGCGCCUGGAACAGGCAGACCUCAGGCUCCCUUCGCAGCAGGAACCAGGCGUGGCCAGAGCGCAGCCUGCAGAGGUGCAGCCCUGGGAGAGGGCAGGGCCCAGCGGGCAGUUAGUUCUGUCUCAGGCCAGCGUGGCUGGGAAAUGUAGUUCCCGGGUCGCACCUCUGCAUUAGUGGCUGUGCUCUGUACAGACGGGCUGGCGGAGACUCUCUUGGGCGACGCCCUCAGCCCGGAGCUCCUGUUCCUAGCACAGGGUCUCCAAGCCUGAGCCGCAGCCCCCACGUGAGAGCUCUGAGCCCCGGGGAACGCUGGGCCUUUCUGAAGGGGUGACUGGCAGCUGCUCCAGGCUGCGGCUCCUGGAGGCGAGGCCUGGAGCAGCCGGAGAACCUUGCCACGUGCUGUGCUUGUGUCUGUCCGUCGCCUGUGUGCAUGGCAAGCUGCCCUCCCCCGCCUGUUCCGCUUGUGCCACCAGCGGGGGUGUGCGGGCGCGGAGCUCUUUGGGCAUGUGCUGACUAGCCGAGCUCGCGCCCCUCGCUGUAAGCUGUAGAGCCAUUUAAUAAAGAGGGGGCAUUUCAUUCA